CAGAUCUUUUACCGAUACAUUUCAUUAUACAAUUUUUUUAAUUAUCGAUGCGUUUGCAAGAUUAAAUAGUCAACAUAUUUCAUUGCAUUAAUUGGUUAAAAUUAACAGUUUACACGAACGUUACGCUGUGUUAUUUAUAUUGCUUAGUGUUGUGACUUAAAUUAAAAGAUCUAUGGACAGUGAAAAAACGUAAGCACUAUUUACUCUUAAAGUUCAAGGAACGCAAGUAAAGUGCAACUGUCAGAGGAUAAUCGUUAAUCGAUCCUGCAUUUUGACUUUUUUGGGGCUUAAAAACCAAGGAUAUUCAGGAAGGAAUUAAAUAUUUUCUGGACAUUGUUUCUUUUAAAAAAAAACUGUGCAGUUUAAUUUGGCGAAAGGCUUAUUUUGAUGUCACCAAGUAGUACCGAUCUGCAACAACCAAUUUUAUCAAUGGAUAUCCUUGCAAUUACUGCCAUUGUUUUACUGAUUAUAUACAUAUAUAGGAAAAUGCACAGGACUUAUAGUAUAUUUCAGACGCUUAAAAUUCCCGGACCAAAACCGGUAUGGAUUCUGGGAAACAUUCAUGAAUUUAAAGAAGAGGACAAACUGUCAAUGUUUAAAGUCUGGAGAAAAAAAUAUGGUGAUGUUUACGGGUUCUACGAAGGAUUCAAACCUAGUGUUGUUGUUUGCGAUCCUGAAAUGUCAAGACUAAUUCUGGUGAAACACUUUGAAAAGUUUCAUAUAAGACCAAUAUAUAAUCCUUUUCUCUAUUAUCCUGAUGAGUACAGUUUAUUAAAUGCACACGGUACUAAGUGGAAAACACAGAGGAGGGCAGUAGUUGCUGCAUUUAAUUCCUUACCAAUACAUGUUGUGUCAGAACGAUUAUGCAAGACAACAACUGAACUCACAAAUAUAUUGUCCGAUGCUGCAUUCCAGUAUAAGGAAGGGUUCGAUAUUGGCAGAAUCAUUGACCGAUAUACACUUGACGCUUUUGCAAAUGCAGCAUUUGAUUACAAAGUUAAUAGCAUGAGAGAUGAAAAUACAACAUUGUAUCAAUUUAUGAAAGUUUUUAACGAGUCUUCCUCGGCAGACAAUCCUGUUGCAGGACUAGCAAGAGUUUAUGAUUCAUUAGUACCAUUUCUACAGUUAUUUGAUACAAAGCAUAAAAGUACACAUAUACAGCAUAUUCACGAACUAAGAGAACUUAUCGAGAAAAGACAAGAACAGGGUCAACAACCUGUCAUUGAUAAUGUCAUAGAUUAUCUACUCUAUACUAAGAUACCAGAUAGCAAUAAUAGGAACCAACCGCGAAAUUUAACAGUAGAAGAAAUCGUAGCUCAUUUGAAUAGUAUAACUGGUGGCGGAUUUGGAACAACGAAUGCUGCCCUUUCAUUUGUACUCCAUCAAUUAACAGUUAAUCAAGAUGUUCAAGAAAAAUUAUUUCAAGAGAUAAAACACCAUUGUGGUUUAUUUGAUAACCCAGAUGUGGAAAUUAUUCAUAAAAUGAAAUAUUUAGACAAUGUGAUAAACGAAACGUUGCGAAUAUUACCUUGUGCACCAGGGGUGGCAAGGACGUGUACAGAAGACUGUACAAUAAAUGGAGUUGAAUUUCGAAAGGGAAUGGUUUUGAGAAUAAUGUUAUGUCCGUUAUAUGCUGACGACACUAUAUAUCCUGAACCGGAAACGUUUAAACCAGAGAGAUUUGAUGACGAAGAAAAAAACUCGCGCCAUCCGAACAGUUUUCUACCGUUUGGACAAGGACCGCGGAUCUGUCCUGGUUACAGAAUAGCUUUAACUCUGAUGAAAAUUGCUAUUGUUUUUAUUUUAAGACAGUUCAUACUGAAACCAUGUGAUAAAACUAAGGACCCGUUGCCGACAGCGCUGCGACCAAUGCUUGUACCAAGAGAUGCUGUUUAUGUCAAAUUGCAACUCCGAAACAAUAAUAUGUUGUCAACCUGAAGUGGUCCUAGCUACCACAUAAUGUGUAGAAAAUCAAUAUUAUUGUUCAAUCCCUUUGAACCUAGUCAGUAAAGUCGCUGUGUUUCUACCACAUUGUGCAUUCGAUGAUCAACACAUAUUGAACAACGAAACACCCCAAAAAAAACCAAUUGUUAACCUUAUUAAGUAGAAACAACAAGAUCUGAGUUCAAUGAAAUACGAACCACAAUCCUGUUACAGUUUCGAUAGUAGUCUAAGUGAAUUACUACAAUUUGUAUGAAUCUGCCGAAUUAAUGUGAUACAUUUUUACUGAACUGUGCAUGUGUUUUUACAAGGAAAUCAACAUACUUAUCGAGAUUAUUCAUAUAUGCUUACAUGAAUCAUUUUGUGUUUGUCAUACAUGACCUAACCAAGACCAGUUUACAUAGUGUCUAAUUUUUCAUAACAUUUAAAAACAAUAUUUCAUCACAAUUAAUAGGUUACUCUUGUGACGUAAUAACACAUGAUUUGAUCACGUCCUCUUAAAUACACACGUGUAAAGUAUGGAAUAAUCGGGAGGAGUUUAUUUCUAGCAUUUUACGAGAUCAAGAGAAAAUUCACAAAAUGUUUUUCGCAUAAAUUCAAUCUUUAAAGAAGAUCACAAUCAGGAGCAUUAAACCGCGAACACAUUUCACCCUAAAAAUUGCAACUUUUAAACUCCUGAAAAAAGACUUGUUUACAGUAACUAAUGAAAAUACUGUUUGGUUAUUACAUGUGAUAUUAUUAUGCUUUAAGAUUUGUAUUUGAAUAAUUAAUGAGACUGUUCAUUAGUCUUUUGUACUCUUUAUUAAAUGCCAAUAUAUUUCCUUCGAAGCGCUUUCAUAUUCAUCAAACAGUCAUUGGCUGGUCUUUAAAUGUGUGGCAUUCCCAUCAAUCACUUCGAAAUUAGUCCUUCGAUCUGUUUAAUCCUAGUAAAUCAGUUCUGGAUUGGCUUUAAUAUGUGUGAUAAUUAUCAAACAGUCCCAAUCAUAAUGUUAUUUUGAUCUCUGUACACAAGUUUGUGUAUGACGGAAACUAUUAAUCCGGGUUUUAUCUUUAAUAGACUAUUUUUAUAUUACAAACGGUACAAUUUGGGGGGAAAAUUAACUGUUUCAUGUUUUUGUAAACGACAAAAUCGACGGAAAACAGUAAAUUUUCCCCUCAAAUUUCACCGAAUAUAUGCUUGAUUGUACUUCUUUUGGUUGCUCUUACUUGACUUGGUACAUUCUGGAUAUCUAAACAUUAUAUAAUUUGGAGUCAUAAGUCGGUAAAAUGAAAAAGUCUAUUACAUUGUGUGUAUGCGUGAAAAUCAUAAAUCUGUCCCGAAUCCAUGUUUGGUUUUGAUCGCAGUUUAACUUUUGAUCGUUUUGACACCCAUUUAUCAGUCCCGAAUUGUCUGAUAUAGUCAUGGGUUAAUCUUAAGAAGUUGAGACACCAAACAAUCAGUCCAGGGAUUCACUUUUAGAUCUGUCUGAUCCCCAUCAAUAUGUCAGGACAUGAUAUGAAAAUUUGUAUACUACAUUGUACCUAUCGUGAAAGUCUUCACCCAUUUACCACUACUGGGUCGGGUUUUUAAUGUUAAUGAUCUGUAUCAUUUAGUUCCCUCAAUCCAGCACUAACUUUCAGAUAUGUAAUAUUCACAGCACUACCGAAAUAAUCGUUUUAGAUCUGUGUAGUACCGAUUGUUUAGUCCUAGGUCAAGCUUUUGACAGUUAACACACCAAUUUAUAGUUCAUAGAUUGACCUUGCGAUCAUUAUGACACCAAUGUAUUAGUUUUGUAUACUCGGCUCAGUAGUCACUGCUUGGGUACUGACAUGAUCAAAAAAAAAAAAAAACCUAAAUUUCCUCGUUGAUCAAUUAAAAAAAUAAUUACCAACUCCCAUAUGCAAAUUUUACUUUAGAUGAAUUAAACUCUCCUUUUAAUGUCUCUUUAAGUCAGAUAGCUACUAUCUUUUUUACGUAAUUUUACAUCCUUGUCUUUCAAAUGUUUAGGUUCGACCGUUUCAGAUGAAGGUAAAUUUAGAAAAUCGAUUCGCACGCAAAAACAUUAUAAAGUAUUAUUUUUAUUUCCUGGGUUGGUAUUUGUAUCUUUAUUAUCCUAAUCAUGUAUUGAGGUAUGAGUUUGACUGUCAAUUUUUAUUACAUCCUCCAGAUCUUACGUGUAGACGAAACGAAGGCUCUAUGUACUUUUGUUUUUUUCUUAUGUAUUAGUUUUUUUGUACUGUAUGUUUGUGUCUUUUUAUUUUAUUUGUAUGUCUUAUUUCUGUAACAUUAUAACACUUAUGCUUCAUCUGAUAUCAUAAAGUUUAUGAUAUUUUGAAAUAACUUUCAUCUUUGACCUUGCAAAUUGUAAUAACGAUAUGAUAUAAACCGUGUACUUUCUUGCGUUUCAAUGCUUUAAUUUAUAGAUAACCUUUGACCUAAGAGUAUUUGUAAUGUCGGUAUGUGUAUUCUGUCAGUUAAUAUUCUUCCUUUUGUCUUUUUAUAAAGUUUUUUUCGUUAUGUUUUUGUUUAUAUUUUAGCGAUAACAUGUUCUGUUGAAAUAAAUGUACAUCUUUUUCUUUAAGGGCCGAGAGGGAGGGCGGAUUUGUUAUGUUACGUUUAUGAACAUUUAAUUGUUGUUUAUUAAAAAUUAAAUUAUUUAAACUUUUA